AUGGGCGUCGUUGCCGUUCCAAAAAUUAAAAUGAAACUCUUCUCAAUCCAAGUUUUAUAUAAAGGUGACACCAAGCCGAAGCAACUUCAAGGUGUGUAUGAGCUCUCCAGCUUCAGCUUCUUCCAACGUGGAAGUGUGCAGGAGUUCCUCGAUUUUACGGCCAAAUUGGUCUGUGAACGAACCGCUGUUUGCAGUCGAGCUGCUGUACAGGAAAGUGAAUACUUCUGCCACAUUUUUGUGCGUCACGAUAAACUGUGUGCGGUUGUCUUUUCUGAUCACGAAUACCCACAGAGAGUCGCACAAACACUACUAACGAAGACCCUCGAGGAGUUCACGACCGAAUAUCCGCCUUCCACAUGGCUCACCAUGUCUGCUGGGGGUGCCAACAUGCGAAAGCUUGGUGAAUAUCUUGUCAAAUAUCAGGAUCCCCGCCAAGCGGACAGUCUAUCCAGGCUCCAGGCUGAUGUAGAGGAUACCACACAAAUCCUCCACCAAACCCUCGAGACUUUGAUCGAGCGUGGCGAAAAGCUCGACGAUCUGGUUAGCAAGUCGGAGGACCUGAGUUCUCAGUCCAAGCUCUUCUAUCAGACUGUGAGUUCCCGCUUCGGUCAAAACUUAUGCGUAAUCUGCUCAUACUAA